GUAUGUGCUUUAAACUCUAAACCCUUGAGCUAUUCCUUGUUCCCAUUUUUCACCACACUCACCACUUCCUAGUUUCUAUUGUUUCCUUAUCUCUCUUCCUCUCUAACCUCUCUACCUCUCCUUCUUACCCUAUCUUUUUUUGGUUGCCCUCCAUGCCCAUGGUAUUAAAUUUUUACUUGUAGAUAGAGGAGGCCAACCGAGUCUCAAUAAUGCAGGCAUAGAAAGGAAGUAGGGAAGGAGCAGAGUAAUGAGCGUUGAUUUGCUCCCUCUGCAGCCAUUCUUUGGGUCCAUAUUUAUUAAUAUUCCGAGUGGAUGCUGAGGGACUUUAAGAAGCCCAUUUCUGAUCUGUUUUGUGGAAGAGAAGAGGUUGGGCGGAGAGAUUUUUAAGAAGCAGCGAGUCAGAGGUACUCCCCAACUCCAAUGAAGAGGUCCCAGGACGCAUUAACGCCUUCGUAUGUUCUCAAUUUACUACCCCACUCCGCCCUUCUUAAUGUCUCCUCUCUUUGUUAAGACCCCAUGUUGCAAGAUAUGUGGGAGUUGACUGCCUCUUACAGAGAUUUCAUUUAAUGCAAUGCGAGUGCUAUAUGGGAAAGUUCCGUGUGGUAGAAGAACAAAGGGCUAAACCUUGCUUCUUUUUUUUUUCUUUAUGUAUUCUUUUUUAUCCUCAAUUCCACAUUUCUUCUUGGGUGAGGGUGAGCUCUAAAAAUUCCGUUUUCUAGACAAAAAAAACUCUUUCUCAACUCUGUCCAUUUUAACUGUUCUUUUUUCAUUUUUACGAUUAAUAUCUGGGUAAAAGAUACAGUUGAUUGGAGAAGAGAUGAGCUUGGAGUGCUUGGAACCGGAAGUCCGAAGCCCGAGUUCUGUCACCGAAAUGACCUAUGGGAGCUUAAUUCCAGGCCAUUACCACCACACGCCCUUCCUCCAACUGCUCCAGAGCGCAAUGCAAGCUGAGGAGGAGACGGAAGAACGGGAAGAGCAGCAACUCCCCUUGCAAGUCCUCCAGCAACAGCAACAGCAGCAGCAGCAGCAAGCGCUUUUCACCUCCUUCCCACUGGAAUCCAACCUCCAGCUGCUGCUCCGCCUCCAGAGCCACGAACAUAAUAAGUGGACGGCCGAGAUUGACUCCUCCCGGGCCGCGGAGCAGCUGGAGAGCUGCGUCACCCACGCCUCCGAGUCCCAGGCCGACGCCAGAGGAGUUGAUGGCCACGAACCCGGUCACGACCGCCAAAUCCCCUCUGAAACCACCAGAUCUACGACGGCGGCGGGGUCGAGGGAGCGGACGAAGAGGAAGCGCUCGCGGGCGGCGUCGGUGGCCUCGACGAAGAGUGCGGAGGAGGCGGAGAGCCAGCGGAUGGCGCACAUCGCGGUGGAGCGCAACCGCCGGCAGCUGAUGAACGACCACCUCGCUGCCCUCCGCGCCCUCAUGCCCCCCUCUUUCGUCAAACGAGGGGACCAAGCCUCCAUCAUCGGUGGGGCCAUCGACUUCGUCAAGGAGCUCGAGCAGCUCCUCCUCUUUCUCCAGGCCAAGAAGCGGCUGCGCAUGUCGGCCGCCACCACCGCCGGCACGUCCGCCGCCUCAUCUACAUGCACGACGCUCUCAAGAUCCACCACCAGCGAGGACGAAGGUUGCCCCGUGCCGGCGCCGGCCACCGCCGCGUCGCUGGAGGGCUUCUUCAUCUCGCCGCAGUACACGAGCUACUCGCAGUCCCAGCAGCAGCACCGGCGCGUCAAGGAGGACGGCGAGGAGUCGCCGGCGGCGGAGGAAGGGGUGGACGUGGAGGCGAUUGUGGUGCAAGGGCACGUGAAUCUGAAGGUGGCGGGGCGGCGGCGGGCGGGGCAGCUGGUGCGUGCCAUCUCCGCCCUGGAGGAGCUCCGCCUCUCCGUCCUCCACCUCAACAUCAUCUCUCUCGACCCCUCCUCCAUCGUCUACUCCCUUAACCUCAAAAUGGAGGAGGGGUGCAAGCUUGGGUCGGCAGACGAGAUAGCAACGGCGAUGCAUCAGAUAUUUGGCUACAUCAACGCCUGCCGAUGACGCUGGGUCUUAUCAUGAUAGAGAGAAAGAUGACAUGGGCCAAGGACUUAAGGUGGUCCAGGGCUAUGCUAUUGCUACUGUUGCUGCACUGUGGAGGGGUUUGCAUCCAGGAAGCAGCGGGAGCAGAGCAUGGCAGCAGCUUUUUCC